GGGGCUGAGGACUGAGUCCUGGACGACCCCAUCAGAGCGGACACCCAACCCCCCGACCUUGGGUGCGCUGACAGGCUGGGGUGAGGGGCGACAGCCACGACCGGGCUUGCCGGAGCCCGCUGGCGUGCGGGGUUCUGCUGUGGCGUGCGCCUUUUCUAGACUCGUGCCCUUGAGUGACAUCCGCGAGGCCCAAUCGGAGAGCGUCCUCCGCGAGGGGCGUGAGUGCUCCCCCCUCCCGUCCCUGGAUAGUGGUACCCGGGCUGCCUUUGGAAAUCACAGUGACAGUGAGCGGCUCUCCAUCAUCCCUGCUGCCGUGUAUCCUCUCGCCUCCGGUCUUGAACCGAUAGCCGCUACCUGCGACUAGGGGCUGACUUCAACACCUGAAAAUCACUUCGUACUGGUUCCGUUCAGCCUUCCCGUAAAGAGGAAGCCCGGUGAACGUUCAAAUUGUUAAUGCUACUCCAUCACUCCUGCCUCCGACCCCAAAGGGUUGUAGGACUCUUUGGAAGUGUAGCAGACUUCACAGUUCUGAAUGUCAGCUGCUGAGGAUGCCAGUAGACGAUGAGGCAGCUGAAGAGGACUCAGAAGCGGUCUCCUCCUUCAGGAGAAGCAAGAGUGUUUCCAGAUGACAGAGCUUAACAAUUUUUGUACGAUAUGGAGGAUUUUGAUUUAGUGGAAACUUUACAAAAAACUUCACCUUCUCUAGACUCUAAUAUCAAAAGUAUUCCCCAUUCUCUUGGAUUGAGCUUGCAUGCUAAUAGAAGUAGUCCCCACCUUAGUACAAAUGGGGUAUCCUCUUUCUCAGGGAAGACCGGGCCACCUGUCAGUCAAGGCACAGUCGAAGUCCUCACCGCUUUAACACAAGAGCUGCAGAACGGUGGCCGGGCUGACUCAGAACUUUGGAAGAACUGUGAGGCCAGGUGGCUGCAGCUGUUCCGCGUGGUAGAGCGACAGUGCCAGGAGCAGAUUGUGGCUCAGCAGGAGCAGUUCCAUAGGCAGAUCCAGCGCAUCCAGGAGGAGAUCAGGAAGUUAGUGAAACUGCAGAUCAGCAAUGCUUCCUGGCCGUCCUGUAGCAGCAGUUCUGUGAGCAACCGGCUGUCCUCAGAAAGCCAAAUGGGCUGCUUUUCCGAAAACAGCGAAAGAAAUGUGUCUGUUCUCAGUUACCCGGAGUCUAAGGAACCGGAGACACAGCCAGAAUCUUCCUCAUCCCACCCAGACUGCAAUGUGGACAGCAGCUCCGUGAGUAGUGGCUACGGCACCUUCUGCGUCCUGGAGAUGAACGCCCACAAGGCUAAGGAGCCCGCGGAACCCACGGAGCCCAAGGCGGCUUCCCAGGGGCAGCACACAGCUCCCGCGGCGCAGGCGCAUGCCCCUGAAGGUGGCACAGCAGCCAUAGACUUUUUUGCACAGACCCCUGAAGAGCUUUGUGCAUCUCUAAAAGAAGAUGUCUCCACUUUUCCUGGUGAAUUUGAACAUAAUUUUCUUGGCGAAAACAAGAUUUCGGAAGUAUACAGUGGAAAAGCAAAUAGUAGUAAAUCUAUAACGUCAUGGGCACAAAAGCUGAAGCAGAACCAGCCAAAGCAAGCACACACAGAAGAUGGCUACUCAAGACCCAAGCUGGGGAGCGAGUCCAACCGGAAGCCUCCAGUCGAAACACCCAACCUUGCUGCCGCCGCCGCCACACAUCCUCGUGCCUUUUACCUCAGUAAACCAACGGAGAGCCCAGCUUCUUGCAUGUCUGAUUCCGGAACAGGGCUGACGUACUGGAAGCUGGAGGAGAAGGACUUGUAUCACUCUUUGCCUGAAACUUUGGAGAAGAUGUUUGUGCCGUCCUCCCCAGAGAGGCCGCUGAGCGAGGUCCUGAGUCUCGAGCCAGCCAUCCACAUGAAGCCAAAGGAGCAGGCGGCGGGGGUUCGGCCCCAUGGCUUCCUGAAUGCUCUUGAAGACAGAAUAUCCUUUUCCCCAGACUCCGUUCUGGAGCCAAGCCUGUCUAGUCACUCUGACAUUGACUCGUUUUCACAAGCAAGUCAUAACGUUUCUCAGGUAUCUGGGUUCCCCAAAUAUCCUUCAACUACGAAAGCGUCACCUGUGGACACUUGGAAAAGCCAUGCAUUCCAAAGUGAAAGCAGGACCAGUUCCACGAUCCCUUCACUCUACACCAUCACUAGCAACGACAUCUCAGUCAAAACUGUAGAUGAAGACAACACUGUCACAGUGGCUUCCACCUCAGUCAGUCAGUCCCAGCUUCCAGGUACAGCCAACAGUGUCCCAGAAUGCAUUUCAUUGGCUUCCCUGGAAGAUCCUGUGAUGUUGUCUAAAAUCCGGCAGAACCUCAAGGAGAAGCACGCACGGCACGUGGCGGAUCUUCGAGCUUAUUAUGAAGCAGAGAUAAAUAGUUUGAAACAGAAACUGGAGGCAAAAGACAUUUCUACCGUUGAAGAGUGGAAGAAGAAAAACGAAAUUCUUGUGGACAGAUGUGGCCAGUUGGAUAGUGCAUUGAAUGAAGCUACUAGUCGUGUGCGAACACUUGAGAAUAAGAAUAAUUUGCUAGAAAUAGAAGUGAGUGACUUGAGAGAACGCUUCAGUGCGGCCAGCAGUGCCUCCAAAAUUCUGCAGGAACGAAUCGAGGAAAUGAGGACGAGCAAUAAAGAAAAAGAUAACACCAUCAUCCGGCUCAAGUGUCGGCUGCAGGACCUGGAAGAAGCAUUUGAGAAUGCUUACAAACUCUCAGACGACAAGGAAGCUAGGCUGAAACAAGAAAAGAAAAUGUUUCAGGAUCUCUUGGGAGAAUACGAGUCCCUCGGAAAAGAGCAUGGGCGUGUAAAGGAUACGUUAAACACAACUGAGAACAAAUUGCUUGAUGCACACACACAGAUUUCUGAUUUGAAAAGGAUGAUCUCCAAACUGGAAGCUCAGGUGAAGCAGGUGGAGCACGAGAAUAUGCUGAGUCUUCGUCACAGCGCCAAAGCUCCCACAAGGCCAUCGCAGGCCACCACACUAGCGACCUCAGAUGUGAGUAGGAGGAAGUGGCUGAUUCCAGGAGCAGAGUACUCCAUUUUUACUGGGCAGCCUCUGGACACCGGGGACAGGAAGAUAGAUAACCAGCUGGAGGAAACCCGUGUUCCUGGAUACCGCUCUCCGCCAGAAAAGGACUCUUCGCUUGGACGGCCACCAGCAAGCUUAUUGAUUACAAAGCAGAGGGCCACUCCAGACACACCAAUCAUGAAAGCGUUAAAGGAACUCGAUGAAGAGAGGGUAUUUAAGAAUUGGGGGACACAGACAGAGAAAGAGGACACCUCAAGUAAAUUAGUGAAUCCUCGGCAAACUGAACCUUCAGUCAAUACGAGCCGUUCCCCAGAGAAAGGUGCCCAGCAGAGACCAAAGAGACAGAGUUCAGCUUCACAAAGAUCAUCGUCUCUCCCACCCUCCAGUCGUAAAGCCAGUACUCCAACAAAAAGAGAGAUUAUGUUAACACCAGUGACUGUGGCUUAUAGUCCUAAACGGUCCCCUAAAGAAAAUUUGUCCCCAGGAUUUAGUCAUCUACUUAGUAAAAAUGAAAGCAGUCCAAUUCGAUUUGAUAUCCUUUUGGAUGAUUUAGAUACUGUUCCUGUGUCCACGGUACAACGAACCAAUCCAAGGAAACAGCUCCAGUUUCUUUCUCUAGAUGACUCGGAAGAAAAAAAGUAUUCAGAGAAAGCCAGUGACAGCCCUGUUACUCAUAGCUCUUGUCCUGAAUCCUUGCCAAAUGGAGUGAGGAAAGUGCCCGUGAGACAAGCCUGGGAGAAGAGUAAAUCGGCUAGCCUGGAGCAGUGCAAGCCGGGGUCAGCAGCACCACAGAGUAACGAUUUUGAGUAUACAGCAAAAAUUAGGACCCUAGCAGAAACGGAGCGGUUCUUUGAUGAACUCACAAAAGAAAAAGACCAGAUUGAGGCAGCAUUAAGCCGGAUGCCUUCUCCUGGAGGAAGAAUCACUUUACAAACAAGACUAAAUCAGGAAGCCUUGGAAGAUCGUUUGGAAAGGAUCAAUCGUGAACUGGGUUCAGUUCGAAUGACACUCAAGAAGUUUCAUGUCUUGCGCAGCUCUGCAAACCUUUGAGAUUGGUAGUCAUUAAAUUUGAGACAUUUUUGUUUGCACUGAUGUACAGUUAUGCACUCAGAAAAAGGCAAGCUCUUUUGUACUGUUUAUAAGACUUCAAACAGUAGUUUUACAAUCAUGUUAUUCUUACACUUGGUAUUUUAUACUUCAAAUGGCCACAUAUUUUCAAGAUAUUUUUGUUAUGCUCAGGAACCUCUUGUAUAUUUUACUAUUUAAAAAGCAUUAUUUUUAAAUAGCGUAUGUCUUCAAUUUCUAUCAACAAUAAGGAAAUGGAAACAGGAGGCGGCUUGUUGCUAAGGAAAUAGUGUUAUCCUUUUACAGUGAACUUUGCACACCAAUUUUAUAAACUUGUUCUACAUUGUAAAUAUAAUUCAUUUUUAAAAUAAAUGCUUAACAGCUUCCAUAAGGAUAGACUAACAUGCUGAAUAUUAAAAAAUUGUAGUAUAAUUUGCAUUUAGAUUCUGUAGAAGUCUUUUAGAAAUGAUAACACAAUUCCUAUGUGAAACACAUGCCUUGCAGUGAAUAGUAGGACACUCAGGCCGCAGGACGACUCAGCAGGUAAAAGCCCUUGCCACUGAGCCUGAGCACCAUUUUGAGUUCCAGGACCCAUGUGUGAGAGAGAGAAAGGACUCCCGCAAGUUGUCUACAUACACACUUUGGCACAUUCACACCCUAACAAGUAGUUAAACAUAAAAAAAUUAGUUUAAAGACUACAUAAAUGUAACCUGUUUGAUUUUCCUAAAACUAUUUUCAUGUGUGAGGAGAGAAAACCAUUAGAGAUGGGAAGCAGCAGCUGGAGAGCUGGCGUUUUCCUCCCGUCAUCCAGGAUUCAAGUUGUGUCACAACGUGGACAGUUUCCAGGGUAGCUCCAGUUUCCAGUAACCAUAAAGCUUAGCUCCCAAAGUCAUCGUCCAGAUAUUUCCACCCCCUUAACCUCACCAGACCUACCACUCCGCCCUUGCUGAAAAGAAAAAUCCUUGCACGGUAGCUGCUGUAGUAACUGCUGGGCUGGACUCCGACCACUGUGCCUGAUAAAGGACGGGAUGUGUCCAGAUAGAGCCUGGUGUCUUUCCCAGGGUCCUGCUGCGGACUGUAGCCCACCACAUGGGUGGCAGUCCCUAGCUCGCUCUAAGAGCACUGUGUGGGUAGGAGAAGCUGUUCCCAUCUAGGAGCAGCAAGUAUCCUGUUUGUGUUGGGACUGCUGGUAGUGUCUGUACUGCUCACCCACUCACUUUCUGGUGACCAGUCCGAACCCAACACCCAUAUAUUUGUGCUCAGAGUCUGCAGAUAGACUCAUCUGAGCUCUCAUAGUUGAUUUCCAGGCCAGUGCUCAGGUUUUUUAUUUUGGUUUGCCUCUGAGGCCUUUCUGCGUACACAGCUCUUCAUAUAUAUUUACCACGAACCAAGACAUCCCAGCAGUUCCAUUAAGGUGUGUGUGCCUCCGCAGGGUUUCAGGUGGUCUUUGAACAUUUUCUCACCAAAGCUUUACCUGGCAAUGUUCUAUGUGUGGGGACUCUCAGGUAGGACUGAACCUUUGAAUUCACAUUCAGUAACCAGUUGAAGACUUAGUCAGGAUUUCUUAUCAUCAGAAGCAAGUGCCUUUAUUCUUGAUUUUUCUUUUAGCCUUUAAAAAAUUAUGUUACAGUAAGAAGGUUAAUUUUAAUUUUAAUCAAGCUCCUGUACAGCUUGUAUCUAGAGCUUAUAAGGGGAUAGACUAUUCUUUUAGGUGCCCCUGUGUGUGACACGCAGGACUAAUGGGCUGGAGUGUAAUAUGCCCAGUGGUAGAGUGUGUGCCCUGCAUAGGAGGGCACAGGUUCUCCCCCAGCACCAACAAACAAGACAACUUGAACAAGCUAACGGUGUUUUUGUAUAGCUCAUUGUUCUCUCCUUUUAUUGUACAGUCUACUACAUUCUCAAGAAGCAGGAAAUUGCCACUUCAGAAGAGGUGGUAGCUUUAUCUUGCCAAGGAGUUAUCUUCUUAGGUGCCUAUAAUUGGCUUAUUCCAAAAAAGGCAUUAAGUUCCAUCAAAACAUCUUCUGUGCUUCUCAGAAAGCAUAUGCUUUGGUUUUGAAGUGUGUAAUAGAUUUAAACUAUCAAUUACUUAUUUGAAAAAGAAAUUUUAUUCUUCAUAGCUAUGAAGAAAGACAUCAAGGAAAAUUCUUGUAACCGCCCAUUCCAUAUCUUAUAGACACUUGAAUAAAAAUCAAGUUAGCCUAAAAGUGGGGAAGGUGGGGGGGUGGUCUUAAAGAGCAUCUGCUUUCCAAGGAGGCCUACUGUUUCUGUGCUGGGUUGUGCUGCAGCUAGGAAAAUAAAAAACCUCAGUGAGUCUGCAGCUUCUGGGAAGUGCCUUUUAAAAUGUAUAUGGAAAGUAAACUCUCCUGCUGUGGAGAUCUGCCCCUUCCUUCUCACGCCAGUCUAGAGCUAGGGAUGGCUCCAGAUGAGGCAUUAGCUUUAGAUAAUGCGCCUCUGCUGGGGAAGGGAGACUUGGAGCCAGACAGACCGGGUCACACCCUGGCUCAGGCAGGCUUUCCUCAGUUUAAAGACCAAAUGAUAGGAGGCUGAUAGCCUGCCGGUGCUAGUGUGCACCAGACAGCACAUUUCAGAUUCCCCAGUUACUGGGACUUGGAGAUAGUGGUUUUUUUUUUUUUUUUUUUAAAGGCAUGCGGGGGCCAUGCACAUGCUAGACAACUCCACCACUGAGCUGUCUUCCCAACCCAGUGAUUUCUUUCUAAAGUUGAUGGUUUUGUCCCAGCCACUACAUUUGUGUUAGGUGGUCUGUGUUGUCUUUGCUCUUUGGUAAAAAUCAAGAGCUUUCUUGGAUUUUAAAUGAAUUUUCCCAGUAUGUUAUUUAUUGGUUGACUAAAAACUGUAAAAAGUUAACCCAUCAAAUGUAAAUUCAGAAAGCAUUUUUAUCUUAAUGGAUGGAAGGGAAUUAUUGAGCAUAAAUAUUGGCCUUUUUUCCAUUAUAGUUUAUUGCUAGUUUAACAAAAAUAGUUUCCCCCUAAAAUGUUUCGUGAUCAGACCUCUAGCGAGGUUGGACCAUCUAUCUGGAAGAGGUGCCUGCUACUGAGCCUUAGAUUUAUAUGGAUUUACAAGCAUCGAGAGACUAGGGAACCCUUUUAACCUAGAAAAGCCAGGUGCUUUGCCAAAUGCUGCUUGUCCUUUGAAACCUGCACCCAAAUAUGUAGUAAAAUCAGACAUCUUCAUUGUCUUAGGUCUUAUGAGACUCGAGAACAGUUUCCACUAAUUUUAAAUGUGCCACUUUGUGCCGUGAGUCUUUAAGAACCUUAAAAAGAGUAAGUGGCAAGUAGAGACCCGUAGACGUCAUAAACAGAGAUCAUUCAUCCAUGGGUCAUGCACACUUUUGGAUGUUGCUAGUCUGGCUAAACCUUGGUAUUGCACAGAUUUUGCCAGAAAUGAUUUCCUGCCCUGCCAAGAGCAAUGUGGACGUUGAAUACCUUGCCAAACUAGUCCAGUGCUCUUAGGACCUCACUAAAAGCCCUUUCCUGUCUGAUUUGCCCUUUAUUUCACUGGAGACCUCAGAUACAUGAGGAAUCAAGCCAUAACUUUGCAUUUGCUGAACAUUACCUACCAUGCCUUCACUAUGAGACUUCAGAGGUAAUAUUGUAUUUUACUUACAUUGGAUACUUUCGCUGUAACAGUGACCCAUAAUGUGAAAAACAGUUGCUGAUGGCCGGGCAAGUGCUUGUCAUAGUUGUUUUAUAAAUAUGGUCAGACACUGGAGUGGUGAAGUUGUAAGCUCCAUGAGAGCAGGGACCAUGUCACCUUCCAUCUUGCAUCUAGGCACUCAAUAAAUAUUUGUGGCUAUGA